AGCGACCUGUUGGUAAUGGCAGCACGAGUGUUGGUGGUGACUGCGAUGUGCAUGGCGGUCGAGUUAGUCAGCGGCUCGGACCUUUCCGACCAAAUAUGUCUUAACUGGAUACAAGACCAUAAUGAUACCUCCUGGUAUACUGCCUACAUCAUGUCCCAGGAGAGUCAGGAUUGUCCGUCCAGCAUCUAUCAAGCUAGGAGCGACAGCCUCUUUGAGCUUUUGCAACCCAGCUGGAAUGUAACCAGCUUCCACCUUGAUGGAGGCAUAGCUGAAAAAAUGGUCCAAUCAGGAGGUUGCUUCUACCGUCGAUUCAGACGAAGUGGUUCACCGGGUUCUUUAUGCUGCUACAUUAACCCUAAUACCAGGACUGAAGGGCUGAGGCAGUUUCCUGACGAUGUUUACUAUGGCAGUGUGGUCGAGGAGUAUUCCUUCAAUCCAUUUUAUCUUGACAACGCCGAACUGCAAACGGAGUACGACAAAUGGAUUGAAAAGGAGACAAAGGCAAGGUACCACUGCUGUGUUGAAAGUAGUCAGCCCAAUUUGUGUGAAGAGUAUAACAACAAACGACCAUCGAGAAAUCACCUUUCUUACACUCAUCCCAAACUAGCAUGGUGCCUUGGUAACGGCCAUUUCCAAACUCUUGACGGCGCCAAUUACACGUUCAACGCACGCGGUGAGUACGUCCUGUUGUCUGCUGAGGGCUUUCUGCACAUCUUCGCUCGAAUGUGUUACAUGGCGGAAGCACAUGUGACCAAUGCCGCCUUCUUCAGUGCCUUUAACGUGCAGUAUAAAACGAGUCCUACAAUUGAAUUCAGAAGAGAAAACAACACUGAAAUCGGCUUUGUUGUCACCCGCAAUGGAUGGGAAAGAAUUUCAGACGAGCAAGUGAUAGCAGGCUUUAUGACUGAUUCUUGUCUGGUGAAGAACGUUACCGCUACAGUCGUUAGAUUCAGUUGCCCAGAUGGAUUAAGCAUUGAUAUAGCUUUCGAGCCUGGAGAUGUGAGAUGCAGUUUAUUCAUUCAGCUGAGGGACCGAGACAUCAAUUCGCAUUUUGUUGGACUUCUAGGCGAAAACUUUUACAAAGGCCUGGGUGGAACUGAAAAGCAAAUGGGAUCGGGAACAAAUGGACAACUACAAGACCGCGACUACUUCGAGUUUGGACAGUCAUGGCAGUUACCCGUUGCGGUGUUUAGUUAUGGAGUUGAUGAGACCUUCGAUACAAUGAACCGACCAGUAUCUUCCUCUCCGCCAGAAGAUGAGGAACCGCGACGGGUCGUGCAGCUUCGGAGAGAUACCGUUGAUAAAAGCAUGUGUGGCAAUUCCAUAGUCGCCACAUUUGACUGCGUGGCCGCCAACAAUAAUUUCACUGGCGUUCCUGUCAAAAAUAAAAACGAAGAGAAUUUCCGUAUGCAGAGAGAAUUAGGGGAAAGCGGUCCAGUGAUAGACUUACAAAACAACAUUCUUGAGGUGCAGCAGGAUAUGCCUUUGCCAAUUCAGUUGAAAACCACGGAGCCGGCUGCUAAAACUGUGAAGUUCAGCGUGUACAUCAAUGAUACUGUGCAACAGGAAAAUAUCCCAAACGGCGAGAACUACACUUUGAAUUUCUCGAAUUCUACGAAAGGGAAGCUUACAAUUUUUGCAGAAAAAACAUUGGAAAAUGCCACCGUGCGUUCUUCCGUGACACCAGCCAUCAAGUUCUGCCCCUGCACUAGCACGGAGGAGGCGUAUUGCGACUUCAAGAAUCUUCAGAAUAACAGCCAUAUCUGGGUGGAUAAAUUUACCAUGGUGUCAGUCACUUUAUCCUGUCAGAACGGGGGUACAUUAGACAGUGGAAAAUGCAACUGUUUAUGUGCCGGAAACUGGGAAGGAAAAACCUGCAAUGAAUGUCAGAUAUUCUGUCAGCACGGUGGGACAUUCGAAGGAGAAACAUGCCAGUGUUCUUGUGCUGGAAACUGGAUUGGAAAUACCUGCAAUGAAUGUGCGGCGUUAUCGUGUCAGAACGGCGGGAUAAUGGAUAGAACAACAUGCAUGUGUUCAUGUGACGGAAACUGGAUGGGAAAUACCUGCGAUGAAUGUCAGCUAUCCUGUGAAAACGGCGGAACAUUGGAUAGAACAACAUGCAUGUGUUCAUGUGCAGGAAACUGGAUGGGAAAUACCUGCAAUGAGUGUCAGUUAUCGUGUCAAAACAGCGGGACAUUGGAUAGAGGAACAUGCAUGUGUUCAGGUAACGGAAACUGGAUGGGAAAUACCUGCAAUGGAUGUCAAUUAUCCUGUCAGAAUGGCGGGACAUUAGACGAAGGAACAUGCAUGUGUUCAUGUGCUGGAAACUGGAUGGGAAACACCUGCAAUGAGUGUCAGUUAUCGUGUCAAAACAGCGGGACAUUGGAUAGAGGAACAUGCACGUGUUCAUGUAACGGAAACUGGAUGGGAAAUACCUGCAAUGAAUGUCCGUUAUUCUGUCAAAACGACGGGACAUUGGAUGGAGGAACAUGCACGUGUUCAUGUGACGGAAACUGGAUGGGAAAUACCUGCAAUGAAUGUCACUUAUCCUGCAAAAAUAACGGAACAUUCGAUAGAGGAACAUGCAUGUGUUCAUGUGCUGGAAAUUGGAUGGGAAAUACCUGCGAUGAUUGUUCGGUGAGCUGUCCAAAUGGGACUGCGAACUUUGACAGAUGUGAAUGUGUGUCAAGCGGCAACCAAAGCCUUCUGCCUCUUGUCUCAUUAGCUGGACUCGCAUCAGGCAUCGCAGUCCUACUCAUAAUAGUUUGUUGCUUGGCCCACUUCUUUUCCGGUCGCCAUCUAGUUGGGCAGAAGCGCAACAACCUCGCUGGAAUUAAUUUGCCAUCUAACUGGUGGGGGGUUGCAGAUGGACGGAUGGGUCGUAUGGCUGAUGCUCUGACCGACACUCCCUACAUGCAUCAGAAGGUGAGUAGCGCCAUACCGUUCCGGGUGACAGGCCUAGAGGCCCAGUACUUUUACGACUACCCGAAGGCUGCCUUGCACGAAGAGGAAGCGAAGACCAGAAGUGAUCAAAUCGUCUCUAGAUUUCAAAACUCUGGUAUGGAUUUGGUGUUCUAGACUCCCGAUACCGACAUCUGUUAACCUUCAGAAGUUGACGUGCAGGAAACAAGUAGGGAUUACACGACCACAGCGUCUUGGAAUAGCUCCAUAUUACAGAAUAAAAAGGAAAUAAGAUUUUUUUUUAUUUUGCCACAUUUCUGAUGGUAAAAACGAAGGGAAAAAUCUUUUAAUAACAAUAAUUUAGUAAUAAUUUUUUUUGCCAAUUGCGUUGAGUAGUUCUUGCCCAUCCCUCUUUGGG